GUACAGGCUUAUUAAAAUGGUGCGUUGGUGAGAAAGGCAAGAUGCGAUGUAACAACGACAUAAAGCAUGUUGUUAAAAAAACUCAGGAUUGAAUUUUCAAAUAGAAACAUAGAUGAAUUGCGCGAGUGCGCUUGUUAGAGAUGUUAGCAGACAGUGCCGCGAAAUAAUUGCGCUGGCGGGAAGGUCGGAGAAUUCUGCAGAUCAGAAAUUAUGGCUGCUUUGUCACAGAGAGGUGUCGCCAAAACUGCAGGGAAGACGGCCCAGGUAAGAAACCGUGGAUGGGAUCUGCGGAUUCCAUAGUGUAAUGUAAAUCUUGCAGAAGAUCUUCGAUAACUGGGCGUAAACGAAAAUCGAGUUAAUAUCAAAGAACGUUGAGGACAAGUUCUUCGCUCAAGUUUGGUCAGUUUGUUCGUGCGGGAGAUUGGAACUCCAGGAAAAGCCAGGCAAUAUGUACAUACUGUGUCAUAAUAUUCGUGUAAUUUUCAUACCCUCCAACUUGGAAAUACUGGGAUCAUAAAUCCGAAGGCGGCAGGGGUGGGGGCGGGGGGGAGGUGAACAGGCAUAAGCCAGUGGCAGCUCCGAGGGCCACUUAUUUUUUUACCAGAACAGAGGCGGUGGAACAUUUUUCCAAGUGUGGGGCUGACUACUGACUUGAAGUGUGGAGGUUCCUCCAACCCUACAAAACUAUCUAAGGCCUGUGGGGGUAAGAUGUCAAACUACUAUAUUUUGUUCUUGAGACGAUGGUUGCCACUUAGUUGUUACCCAAGGACCUUGAUCUGCCAACAUCUGCCUUGUUUCCAACCUGAUGAUCCACAGGGAAUGGAACAUCACUCUGGGGAUGAGGUUGCCUUGGUCAUUAACCGGUCAAGUCGCCCAAAAUCAGAGUUAAGUUUGUACAUUAUCCCAGUACAUGUCACUCAAUUCAUUGACCUGUUUUGAUUUGGAAUUGGUAUGUCUUAGAGUUGAAAGUAAACAUGAGCCAUUUCCUAGGCCCUGUUAGGGUAAAAUUCCAACAAGCAACAUGGCCUUGAAACCAUGGCCUAGUUGUUCGAAGGCUGAUUAGCGCUUACCCGGGCUUAAAUUUAACCCGGGUCUCUUUUUCUUGUGUUCAAAAGCAUUUCCUUGGAAAAUUUUCUCUGUUAUUUUUAAAGCUUCCUAUAAUCAACUUGUAGACAAAAAGAAUUAAAACUGAAAUGAAUUUUAAGCUUCCAUAUCUGAAUUCAAAUCUUGCACUAACCCUGGGUUAUCUUAACGCAGCUUCAAACAACUCGGCCCAUAAAGCUAGAUGAAAUUGUGACAAAUGACGUAAAGAGGGGUUAAAUACCGACAGGGACAUGGCCUACUCUUCAAAACACAAGCUAAGGACAUACAUCCCCCUCUCUCCCCCCUAGGAGAGCCUCAUUUCAGCUGCAAAAUCUGUUAUAUCUUUGUGAAAUGGAAACUUAAUGUUAAGUUAUCAUUUUUAGAUGUGGAUUAUCUGCCCUGAGCAUGGCAGCAGAGUUGUUACAAAAACAAGAUAACGAUGGAGCAUUAUGUCCAAUGGAGGAAACGCAAGAACUGGACAACUUACUGAAAAUGGCACAGGCAAGAGGGUUUUCUUAUCAGGGUGAAAUGUAUUCAGCAGAAAAUCUUGCCAAACUUGCCAAGGAGUUUUAUGGAUUUGAAUAUUUAGUAACAAGAACUGCAUUUGAAGAUACCAGUGAUAAUUUUGUCAUCUCUGAAGUGCUGAAGGGAAAUGCUGUACUGAUACCUUAUGAUGCAGAUAAAAACCAUGAACCGUGCUUGGAAAAUGGCCACAGAGCACACUGGGCACUUAUCACAGGUCAGUUCAAGAAAUGGUUCAAAGUUAUCCUUUCAUUCCUCAGGGUUUGUACUCUUUAAUGGGCUCUUCAAAUUCCAUGACUUUCCAUAACAUUUCUCAUUACCUUUUGAACUUUUCCAUGAAGUUCAACAAACAGUUGAACAGACACAUACUCAAUUGUCCACCAAAAUAUGUGCCAUUUGCACUGUUUAAUUACUCGUCUCCAUUCUACAUUGUCCUAAUUGCUUUGACAUCUGCAGUGACAAUCUACCGAACAUACAGUAACUUAAAUUUUCCAUCACCUUCCAUUAACAAUUAAAUUUCCUGACUUUUCAGGUUUCCCAUGCAGAUGAGAGAUGUAUUUGUUGCAUUUUUCCUAUCAAAGAGAACAGUUCAUUGAUUUUCUAAGGCUAUCACACUUGAUAUGAUACAGAAGAAAACUCUCUGGCAGCGUUGUUUAUUAAUCAAUAAGACAUAUUAUUAUGUAGUCAAAUUGUUCGGUUAAAUCCAUAAAAAAUAUUGACAAGUAACAACCUUUUGGACAAACAACUACACUUAAUGCCCUUGGAGCAUGUUUACUUAGUAAUUCCCAUAAGCAGUGAUACCUGUUUUGUAUUUUGUUUUAAGUCAUUUUAUCCCUUUCACUGUAAAAAUGGACAUAUAAUAAUAUUAUUUUCCUUUACCUUCAGAUCUGUGUAUGAGAUCCUGUUUCAAAAUGGAAGGGCAUAUAGUAAUAAAAAACUAACUAUUUAAAUACCCAGAUCCCUUGUUGAAGAAGCUGAAGGCGAGAUCUUGUCAAAUCCAUUUUAUGUGUGUGAUUGCCUGUCAGGAAUGUGACUGGCGAUGAAGGAGCACAUGCUCGAAAUAAAUCCUGAAAAUAGCAGUGGUUUUUCAACUUGUUAAACAAGAAAUUUGAUAGAGUUGUUAAGUUUUCUCCACAUCUAAAGCAGCAAACAACUAUUUUGUUGUUGUUGUUCUUUGCAAACUACGUCACAUUCAAUGCAACAGUGUGUUUAAAUUUAAUUGUCAUAGCGCGCGCUAAAAGCAUCUAAGCUGAACACAUCAACUUCUAUGCGAGUACUCAUUCAGUGAAAAUAUUUAUUUGAACAUACAUGUAACAGAAGACUUUGCAAGAAUUGAAUAUUGCACAUGCUCUCAAUCUAGCCAAUCAAAAAAUUGAAUUUUCUUACUUCAGUGACCAGAUCUUGCCUUUGGCUUCAUCAACAAGAGAUCUGGGUACGAGAUUAUAUUGAAAUAAUUAUAUUAGCGACUUUUAAUUAUUAUUAUUAUAAUUAUAGUUUAUAUUAUUACUUACAGGAAUCCUUUGUGAACUAGAUGGCAACAGUUUUGAUUGGACAAUGUGCAAGCAAGAUGACAAUAUGCCCAUGUUAUUUCAUGCAAGUCCAUCCUCUAAGUAUAUCUUACCACAAAAUGGCAAGUUCCAAAAUACUUACUUAUGUGUAAAGCACGGCAAAUCAAGGCAUACAGCAGUAUGGACACUAGAAAGUUUAAGACGUAGCAAUGCAAACCUGUUUGAAUUAGAUCCAUCUAAAGAAAGGCAAACAGGACAGUAUCUUAUUCCUGAAGAGGGAUUGCGUGAAGAACUUUGUGGGAAGGUAGUGGUUUUGUUUUCGAAAGCAUAG